UAUUUCAAAGAUUUUUUUGAAAAGAAAAUGUCCACUCCUCUUGGGGGUGUGGUGACACCGCCCACUUUCAAAAUGGCGUUCUUCUCUGGAGUGUUGCGAUCGAGUGCUGCGAGUCAUAUUUUAUCCAACACACUCGUGUUUGAGGCCUUUCUGUUCGCUUAUCUCACUGCAGCUCUCUGGAUGCAAAAUAUAAAUAUUUAUAAAACAAAUCUUCACUUGAUUGAUUAUAAUUUACUGUUAUUUAUCGUUCUCUUGCUCUCUCGUCGCCUGGUGUGGGCGGGGUUUCAAGGAAUACAAGGACGUGUCAAGUUUUUGGGUUUGAACUCUCGUUACUGGUUUGUGUCUGGUAUAGUAGUCUCCCUGGUUGCCUGGGUUGUCAGGGAGCUACUCCAAAGGGCCUCAGUCUUCAACCUUCUAUUUCUGUUUUAUCCUGUUCUCCUCUACCUCUCGCUGUUUGGAUUCACUUUAGACCCAAGACAGUAUCGAGAAAAAUUUGCCCCUCCUCGCCGCUUCCUUGAUCAUGUGACGACUACUCGCUACGGAAGCCAUUUCAGCAGCACUAAUAUCCUCCUGCUCCCAGUAUCACCUGAGACUAUUCGUCAAGAAGUUAACGUGUUGAUCUCUGAUUUGAUCGUUCGCUUGAAACAAUUGUUGUUUAAUUCCCUCCUCUGUGCUUAUUAUGUUGGAUUCAUUCCUAUACAGUUUACACCAAAUCAUGUGUAUUUUGACAAAUGGUGGAGUAUAGAGUUGUGUUUCUUCAUUUGGGCUAAUUCAUUUGUUAUCCUCUCCUGUCUCCUGUUACCUCCUAACUAUUGUCAAAUACUCCAUCAUUGUGCUCUGAAUCUAGGAUGCUGGGUGAGAUGUAAUAAUGUUGAAAAACCUCAACAGUGGUCAGCUGAUAAGAAGUGGCCCUUUGAUGCGGUGGUAGAAUUCAAUAAUGAGUGCUUUAAAGGUGAAGGGCCUCAAAAUGUAGCCAUUCCCUGUGACUCUUCACAAGAAUGCUUUUAUUUAUUAUUCAACUCAAGGCUUCAUAUAAUAUCCUGGCUGCUGGCAAUGCAAUGCGUUGUGGUCCUGUUUGAGAUGGUUGUUCUUUUAAGAGUUGUCCAUUGGUAUCAGACUCUCAGCAUUUCCGUUUUCCUUUUAUUCAAUUACUUCAUACUACACAGACUAUUGUAUAAUAGACUCAUUCAUGGAAAAAUACUAAAAAAGUUACAAUAAAUUUUAAUUAUUAAUAAUAAA